GGUGCUGUCAAACUCUGACAGUAACAUUUCUCACACCCGUUCUCCCCUACUCCACCUGCUAAAUAUUUUUAUUCCUCGCACAUUGCGCUUUUGCCUUCGACACUUCUUUAGUUGGUAUUGGGUACGAAAAUGGUCUCUUGGAGCAGCUUUUCACGUCCUUUGACGAGGUUGGCGCAGUAUCGUAAUGUUCUUCAAUCUCCAGUGUGCAGGAAAGCGGUACAGAUGCAGAUACGCAACUCUGGUCAUGACCAUCAUCAAUUUACAAUUCAACCUUCUCGUUUUCAGUGGAAUAAAUUUAAGGAUUUGUUGCACUUCUACGUAAUGAUAGGUUUGAUACCUAUUACUGCGAUUGUGCUAUAUGCCAAUAUUUUCAUUGGCCCAGCCCAAUUGACCGAAAUUCCGGAAGGCUACGAACCAAAACAUUGGGAAUAUCAUAAGCACCCGAUUUCUCGUUUCAUCGCCCGUUAUAUAUAUCCUUCCCCACAGCAGGAAUACGAGAAAGCUUUGCAUCACAUUUAUGAGGAAAACGAAAAGGCCCUCAUGAGAGGGCUUGAGAAAGAGAUACAUGCCAAGAUGGCUGAACGCAGUGAUUACAAAGCCUACUACUAUCGCCCUGCCAUCGCCAAAUACCAUAGAAUUUCAAAAGACGCUGCUGAUCACUUGGAAUCACUACGAGGCGAUUAAAAGCAUAGAACAAUGCUUGAAGUUAAUUAGAUGGCUAAUUAAUGUCCAUACUUUAAGCAAUGUAUUGGGUAAAAGUUGUAGUUUAAAUAAAAAUAUUUUGUGCCCCUAAAA